AUGGAAUCAAUCUACAGCACCGCCACUAUAAAACCGUACGCGGGGGGUGCCUCAGCGAGUCGCGAGUCAAAAUCAAAGUCAAAUACCGAGCGUGAACCGAAAAGGAGACCCACCAAACCUCUACGUCUCGAGCCAGGUAUGACUGACUUCGCAUUAAAACAGCAACGAAUAAGAGUUGACCGUUUUCUCCGAAGUAACGAACGCUUUGAUGCAGAUUUGGUAAGAAUUAUGGCUGAAAGUGAGGACGUUGGGGAAUUAGCCUACGUUUGGAAAGCAUGGCGCGAUGCGACUGGAAAAAAAAUGAGAAAUGAUUACAUCGCGUACGUCGAGUUGACGAAAGAAGUCGCCAGAUUGAACAAUUUUUCAUCGGUCGCCGAUUAUUGGACCCGCGCUUACGAGGAUGAAAAUUUCGAGGAAACUAUCUCGAUUUUGUGGCAGGAGAUAAAACCGUUUUAUCUGGAGCUUCACGCGUACGUAAGGAAUCGGCUGAGGGCAAAAUACGGCCCCGAAGUCAUUCCAGACAGCGGAUAUAUCCCGGCACACGUUCUAGGUGAGGUGAUUAAACGUUUCCGGAACACGGUUAACCGGUUUUAA